AUGGCUUUAAGAAAAUUUCACUGUUUCUUGUUUCUGCCCUUUGAGAUUCGGCGAGAAAUCUACUGGCUCGCCACCCUGCCACGCAUCGUGAACGUUGAGGAAAAGACGGUGGUCGACUUUGACGAGUUCAAGGAAAUUCUCCGCACAGAUCCGGUCCAGCUUCAGAUCCACCCUGAUAUCAAGUUCUUCAAGAGAUGGACCGAACCGAUCCCACGACCUUGGACUCCGUCCGCUCGGUGUCCAGAAAUACCCCUCGCAUGGCUAGCCAACGAUCCAAAGGUCGCGUGGGAGAUCAUGAGAGAGGGCUACUUAUACAGCAAGGCCCCGAUACCACCUCUACUGCACACCUGCGCCGAGUCUCGCGGCGUGCUCAUAAGGGGCGGCUACCGCUUGGCCUUUGCGACGCGGACAGCCGGACCACGAACGCGGUUCCACUUUGAUAGGGAUACUCUCUUCCUCUCACAGGCCGCCUACGAGGAAGAGGAUCGUCCCGAGCUGUUGAGCGGGGGCCCGUGGGACGUGGGCCAGUUCACAGCGGCGGAUCUGCGACAAGUGCGCAGGCUCGCGCUGGAGGGUUCAGCGCUUGUGCUGAACGGCGCGGAUAGGGCGGCGCCAUGGCAGAGCGUGCCGGCGACCGCGUCGGUGGCCGUCUCUGUUUUGCUGAGGCUGUUGGGGUCUGUAGAAGAGCUUUGGUUUGUGGAGUGGACGCGGCGUGAUGUGGAGCGUUGGAGCGUGUUUCACCCCUGUUCCCCGUCGCCGCGGUGGCAUUGGGAGGUUCCGCCGGUGGUGGACGGCCGUGCUGUUGAUGUGGCGAGAAGAAGUGGUGAUUUUGUGGCGGUGGAUGUUGAGCUUGUUGAUAUGACUGGGCCGGGUUGCCUGUGUGACGGAGCGCUUGGGGGUGAGUUUCUUCAGUCCGGGUUCGGGGAGUUGCAUUUUGUGAAAUUUAUGGAGGACCGCCAAGAAUCCGGGGCCGGAGUUGGGGCCGAGUCGGACGCGGCAUCUUAUAGUGGGUAUCUGCGACGGCUUCGACAGGUGUUUCUCGAGCAUCAGAUGGCUGGGAUUCUUGCCAAGGAACAGCACCGCGAAGAGGUGCAGAGGACGGACGAUGGCAUUGAUCCGGGGUGUUGGAAGAUACCAGAGACAAAACUUGUUCACGUCCUGCCGCAAAAUUUGGUCCAGUAUCUCUACGAGGAGCGCCAAAAGGUCUUGGUGGGGUUGGAAGCAUUGCAGACGGAAUGGGCUUACUUGACGAAGCAGGAGGUUUGCUCGGUGGGCAAGGGCGGUGAAGCUCUGCGCGUAAAUCCUGCCGUUUCCGAAAGGCAAGCAUUCGAGGACAAGCAUUGGCCUCCGGAUGACUGUCCGCACGAGGAAUGUCAAGGAACGUGUUAUCUCAGCAGCGUGGCGGAUAGAAUCAAGAAGUGGUGGGUGCAGCAUGGGCCAAGUCUGUGA